CCCCUCCUCUGCCCCACUGUUCCACAUCUAGUUGCCUGCCCGUCUAGCCGCAAGCAACAGCAGCCAUGAGCAAGCCACACAACCACCCGGCCCUGACCACCUCGACCGGCGCGCCGGUCGUGUCGAACCAGGCCUCGCUGACCGUCGGCCACGACGGGCCGAUGCUCCUGCAGGACAUGCACUUCAUCGACAAGAUGGCGCACUUCGAUCGCGAGCGCAUCCCCGAGCGUGUGGUCCACGCCAAGGGCGCCGGCGCGUUCGGCUACUUCGAGUGCGCCCUCGACGGGCUUGGCAGCAGCCUCUCCUGCGCGGACUUCCUGUCCAAGAAGGGAAAGCGCACGCCGGUGCUGGCGCGUUUCUCCACCGUCGGCGGGGAGAAGGGCAGCGCCGACACCGCGCGCGACCCGCGCGGCUUCGCCAUCAAGUUCUACACCGACCAGGGCAACUUCGACAUGGUUGGCAACAACACCCCGGUCUUCUUCGUGCGCGAUGCGAUCAAGUUCCCCGACUUCAUCCACACGCAGAAGCGCAACCCCCAGACCAACCUCAAGGACCCGGACGCCUUCUGGGACUUUGCCUCGCUGGUGCCGGAGUCGCUGCACCAAUUCACGGUGCUCUUCUCGAGCCGCGGCACGCCGGACGGCUUCCGCCACAUGCACGGCUUCAGCUCCAACACCCUGAGCAUGGUGUCCACCUCCGGGCAGAUUCGCUAUGUGAAGCUGCACUUCAUCACCGACCAGGGGAUCAAGAACCUGACCGAUGAGGAGGCCACUCGCCUGGCCGGCACCGACCCGGACUACGCCACGCGCGACCUGUUCGAGGCCAUCGAGCGCCGGGACUUCCCCUCCUGGACGGUGUAUGUGCAGGCCAUGACCCCGGAGGAGUGCGCCCAGUUCGAGGUGAACCCCUUCGAUGUGACCAAGGUCUGGCGGCAUGGGCUGGUCAGCAUGCUGAAGAUUGGCCGCAUGGUGUUGGACCGGAACCCGGACAACUUCUUCGCCCAGAUCGAGCAGGCAGCCUUUGCCCCGGCCAACAUGGUCCCCGGCAUUGAGCCCUCGCCGGAUCGCAUGCUCCAGGGCCGGCUCUUCUCCUACAAGGACACCCACCGGCACCGUCUGGGCACCAAUCACCACCUGAUCCCGGUGAAUGCCCCGCUGCCGGCCGCGCACCCGGCCAAUUACCAGCGCGAUGGCGACAUGAACACCGGCCCCAAUGGCAAGUCCCGGCCGAACUACGAGCCCAACAGCCAUGACGGGACCCCCCGGCAGGUGGGCCAGGCGGCCGGCGAUACGCCCUUCGUCCCGGUGCACCACAAGGACUCCGGCCCGAAGGACCUGCAAUUCACCAUCGGCCGGUAUGAGUACAAGCUCACCGACACGGACUUCGUCCAGCCGGGGCUUCUGUAUCGGCUGCUGAAGCUGGAGGAGCAGAAGGCCCUGACCGACAAUCUGGGCAACCACCUGGCCGCGGCCAAGCGCGAGAUCCAGACCCGCCAGCUGGACAACAUCCGCCGUGCCGAUGAGGCCUACGCCCAGGGGGUCAGCAAGGCCAUCCUGCUGUCUUCGAGCAAGCUCUAGGCACCUUCCAGGGCUCAUGCCGGCCCCCGGACAUGUGUGGGCCCCCGGGGCCAGGUACGGGGCCACCGGCAGAGAGGCACCCACUGCCAUGGGGAUGGGCUGGGCACCCCGUCCUAAAUGGCCUGGUGUUCAUGCCUCCUGCCUGAUUCCUGCGCUUCCUCGUCCCUGCCAUGGGGCAGGGGGCCUGCCCUGUGUUUCGUGUGUCCGACGCGCGCGCACGCGUACACACCCGAGCCCGGCGAUGUGUGGGAUGUAGGGCCAGCCACUGCACGCCGCCCCAGGCAGGCACACACACACACACACACACACACACACAAAAGCAUACGGGCACAUACAUGUACGGACACAGAUGUGGACCGGGCCGUUGCUCUUCCCCUCCCUUUCAAUUCGAGCGAAGGCCCGGCGGGGCUGCCCAGCAGAAACCCCAUCUGCAUGUGUAUGUAUGUGUGCGCUGAAGUAUACACAGAUGUCAUAUUUGCGCCCGGCUUCUGGCCAUCGGUGGGGCGGGCCUUCUUUUUCCCUGCACGUGAGUACCCCACAGGAGGUGCCCCCUCCCCCUGCGGCGAGGGGAGAGUGCGACUUCUCAUCUAUUGGCAGAGAGGCGAUGCAGCUGGGCGGGGGGAGCGGCAUGUCGCAGCGAUCUGUGAGGGGGGGGGGGAGAGGGG